AUGUCGACUGCUACACAGAAGACCGCGGCCACCGCAGCCGCCGCUCAGAAGGAGGAGAGCUUCAACGACAGCAUCCUGCCAAAGUACAAGGUGGCGGGCGAGAUCUCGGCCAAGGCGAUCAAGGCGGUCAUUGCAGCUGCUGGCGAGGGCAAGACGGUGCUGGAGCUGUGCAGCGUCGGUGACAAGGUGCUUGAGGAAGAGACUUCGGCCGUGUACAAGGGCAAGAGCAUUGCCAAGGGCAUUGCGUUCCCUACCACGCUUUCGCUCAACAACGUCGUGUGCAACUACUCGCCUCUGCCUACGGACGAGGAGCAGAUCACGCUCAAGAAGGGCGAUGUGGUCAAGGUGCAGCUUGGUGCCUACAUCGACGGCCUGCCCGCUAUCACUGCCGAGACGUUCGUGGUGGGUGCCGACGCCUCCAACCCAGUUGAGGGUCGUGCUGCCGACGCCAUCAAGGCUGCGCUCGUCGCCGCCGACGUCGCCAUCCGCGUCAUGAAGCCCGGUGUGCUCAACACCGAGGUCAGCAAGGAGAUCGAGGCCGCCAUCAAGCAAUUCGAGUGCAAGGCCGUCGAGGGCAUGCAGACCAACCAGUUCGCCAAGAACGAGAUCGACGCCAAGAAGAAGAUCGUCCUCAACGCCGAACCGGGUACCAAGCCCGACACGAUCAAGCUCGAGGAGGACGAGAUCUACGGUGUCGACAUCUCCGUCACCACCUCGGCCGAGGGUAAGACCCGCUCCGAGGACAGCAAAACCACCAUCUACCGCAAGACCAACAACACGUACCUGCUCAAAUUGCAAACCUCGAGAAAGGUGCUCUCCGAGAUCCAGAAGAAGGCCCCCACCUUCCCGUUCAACCUCAAGAGCCUCGACGACGUCCGUCGUGCGAGGAUCGGUGUCCAGGAGUGCGCAAAGCACGGUCUCCUGACCCCCUUCCACGUGCUCGAGGACUCGGACAAGAAGGCCAUCACCGCCCAGGUCUUCUUCACCGUUGCCGUCAACGCAAAGGGUGCCAUCAGGAUCACCCCUGCCCCUUCCUGGGCCAACGAGGAGAACCUCAAGCCUUCCAAGCAGGUCACCGACGACAAGAUCAAGGCCCUUCUUUCGACCGCCGUGCGUCAGACCAAGAAGAAGAACAAGCCCGCUGCCGCUCCCGCUGCCUCGGCUUGA